AUGGCGGCGGGGGAGAGCUCUGGCGUCCCAGCAGCUGUCCCACCCCUGGAUGUGACGGGAAAGGCCACGUCAGUGGAAGAUACUCUCGACACCGAAGCGUGCUGGGGCUGUCCCAUCGUCAAGAAGAGGAAGCUGGAGGAGGCCGAGGCCGAGGCCGAGGAGAUCCAGGCCGCUCCCAAGAAGAAGACUCAGACCGCCAAGCCCGCGGCGGACGGAGGGUUCGCCGCAGACAGCGAUGCCGCCGAGGAAGAGGAGGAGCAGAAAGAGGGAGACGGGGAGGAUGAAGAGACGCGAAAGACGGCUGCAGCGAGGCGGGACAAGCUCCCACAGCAGGCGGCUCACCGCCCUCCACAGAAGACCCUCAAACAGCAGCCGGGCCGUCUGAUGACACCCAGAGGGACAGCUUCAGCUCACAGGGAGAAGGUCAAGCACCCGGGGUCGACCUGA